AUGGCCAUCUCCACCACCACCUUCCAAGUAGUGGGCUUCCUCCUGUCAGUCCUGGGGCUGGCGGGCUGCAUCGCCGCCACGGGGAUGGACAUGUGGAGCACCCAGGACCUGUACGACAACCCGGUCACCUCAGUGUUCCAGUAUGAGGGGCUCUGGCGGAGCUGCGUGAGGCAGAGCUCGGGGUUCACCGAGUGUCGUCCCUACUUCACCAUCCUGGGCCUUCCAGCUAUGCUGCAGGCGGUGCGGGCCCUGAUGAUCGUGGGCAUCGUCCUAGGUGUCAUUGGGCUCCUGGUGUCCAUCUUCGCCCUAAAAUGUAUCCGCAUUGGCAACAUGGAAGACUCUGCCAAAGCCAACAUGACGCUGACCUCUGGGAUCAUGUUCAUCAUCGCAGGUAUUUGUGCCAUCGCUGGAGUGUCUGUGUUUGCCAACAUGCUAGUUACCAACUUCUGGAUGUCUACGGCUAAUAUGUACACUGGCAUGGGAGGGAUGGUACAGACCGUUCAGACCAGGUACACCUUUGGUUCGGCUCUGUUCGUGGGAUGGGUUGCUGGAGGCCUUACACUAAUUGGGGGUGUGAUGAUGUCUAUUGCCUGCCGGGGCCUGGUACCUGAGGAAAGCAGCUACAAAGCAGUUUCUUAUCAUGCCUCAGGCCACAAUGCCGGCUACAGGCCUGGAGGCUUCAAGGCCAGCUCUGGUUUUGGACCCAACCCCCAAAACAAGAAGAUCUAUAAUGGGGGUGUUCGCCCAGAGGAUGAGGCACAGUCCCACCCUUCCAAGUAUGACUAUGUGUAG